AUGCUCUUCACCACCCUCAUUGCCGCCCUCCCCCUGGCCCUCGCUGCCCCCGUUGAGCAGCUCGCCUCCCGCUCCUCCGGCACCGCGACCUACUACAACCCCGGUGUGGGCAUGGCCGCCUGCGACGGCGUCGUCCACCCUGACGACACCCUCGUCGCCGCCGUCUCCAUGAGCUACGACACCUCCGUCGUCUGCAACCAAAAGGUCACCGUCACUGGCCCCGCCGGCUCCGUCGUCGUCACCGUCGUCGACCGCUGCCAGGCCUGCGACGCCACCCACAUCGACCUCUCCCCCGCCGCCUUCCAGGCCGCCGUGGGUGACCUCGGCGUCGGCAAGUCUACCGUCGACUGGGCCCUGUAA